UACUAGUUUUUCAGGCAUGGAUGUCUUGGCGUUGGCUUGGUGGUGUGGCCUGGUUAUGGGUGCAGUCCCGCUGCUGCUACAAGCAUUGUGGUACUUGAACGAUGCCUUCUUCUUGGCUUCCCUCAGGCUGAGACCAACCCGUAGCAAUGGCAAACAAGGCUGGGCUAAGCUUCCACCGGGUCACAUGGGGCUGCCGUUCCUUGGGGAGACCCUCGCCUUUCUCUGGUACUUCAAGAUCCUUCGCCGGCCCGACGACUUCAUCAAAGCCAAAAAGCAAAAAUAUGGGGAAGGAGUGGGGAUGUAUAGGACCCAUCUCUUUGGAUCUCCCACCAUCCUCACAUGCUCUCCGGCCAGCAACAAGUUUGUGCUGAAGUCCGCUGAGGACUUCCGUAUCUGCUGGCCGGAGCCUGAGCUCGUCGGCUUCUCGUCCAUCGUCAACGUGGAGGGAAAGCAGCAUGCAAGGCUGAGGAGCUUCGUAGUUAAUGCGAUCAAUGAGCCCCAAGCACUCCGGCGAAUCGCCCGCAUGGUGCAGCCACGUGUCGUUUCUGCGCUCCGCUCUUGGGCAGAGAAGGGCACCAUCAAUGCCGAGCUCGAAACCAAAAAGGUGACAUUCGAGAAUAUAUGUAAGAUGUUUGUAAGCAUGGAUCCCAGCCCGGUCACAGAUGAGAUAGAUCAGUUGUUUGACGGCCUACUCAAAGGCUUGAGAGCAUACCCGAUAAAUUUUCCAGGGUCAGCAUUGCACCAUGCUCUCAAGUGUCGGAGAAAGCUGACCGCAGUGUUCAGAGAAGAACUGGAGAGGAGGAAGGGAAGAAAGAAUGAGAUCCAUGAAAACAGUGACUUAAUGGAUGGUCUGAUGCAAAUUAAGGAUGAGGAGGGGAAGCCGCUGACUGAUGAUGAGGUGGUAGAUAACAUAGUCUCUUUAGUCGUCGGAGGGUAUAAGUCUACAGCGCUCGCUUCAAUGUGGGCUCUUUAUCACAUCUCUAAAUCACCAGAGGUUCUUCAAAAGCUUCGGGAAGAGAACAGGAUAAUAAGCAAGGGGAAGCAAGGGGAGUUCAUUACUUUGGAUGAUAUAUCACAAAUGAAGUACACAGCUAAGGUAGUGGAAGAAACAAUAAGAUUGGCGAAUAUUGUUGCCACUCUUUACCGCGUCACCAACAGAGAUGUUGAAUACGGAGGUUAUAGAAUACCAAAGGAUUGGCAAGUUGUUGUCUGGCUCCGAUCCCUUCAUACAGAUCCAAAGAAUUUUGACAAUCCACUGAGUUUCAAUCCCGACCGCUGGAAUCAACCUGCAAAGCCUGGAACAUUCCAAGUGUUUGGAGGGGGGCAUAGGAUCUGUGCUGGGAAUAUGCUUGCGCGAGUACAGCUUGCAGUAAUUCUUCACCAUCUCUCUCUGGGCUAUAGGUGGGAGUUACUGAAUCCUUAUGCAAAGAUGACAUACCUUCCUCAUCAAAGUCCAGUUGAUGGGGCCGCCAUGGCAUUCAGCUCGCUUUGAGAACGCCUUCUCUACUGAGCCAUAUCUACUGCAAAUUGAGUAGC